AUGGCGGGCAAGCGGUCUCCCUACAGCAUUGGAUCAUCUUUUGCUCCCCGCCUGUGCAAGAUCGUUAGCGGCUGGCGGCCAUCUGUGAGCGGCUGGGCUUGCAUGCUAGGUGGAAAUGUGCUCACAGCAGAUUUUAGAGUCUCAAUUAGUGACAGAGGAGCAGUGGGCCAGGAGGGACAUGUGGCUCCCUGCGGUGAACUUCAUCAGCAAAAGGCAACAGUCUGUGUAGGGAUGCAUCAGGUUGAUAGUCAUAAUUUGUGUGUCAGUCAGAGGUGCCAAGCAUUUGUGCCAGUAUCAUGUAGUGGCCCAUAG